UUGUUUUGCGCGCGCGCAACAAUGCUUUGAGAUUUUAAUUUCAAUAUUUUUUUUUCUUUCCAUUCCAGGUCCACGCUAUCGUCGCCCCAAGCAGCCAAAGGAUAAAAAUAAUGAUGAGAAACGGCCGCGCACUGCAUUCUCCAGUGAACAAUUGGCACGUUUGAAGCGCGAAUUCAAUGAGAAUCGUUACCUUACCGAACGUCGCCGCCAGCAGUUGAGCUCGGAGUUGGGUCUGAAUGAGGCGCAAAUCAAGAUUUGGUUUCAGAAUAAACGCGCUAAAAUCAAGAAAUCUUCCGGUUCGAAAAAUCCACUCGCCUUGCAGCUGAUGGCACAGGGUCUAUACAAUCAUACGACAGUGCCGCUGACGAAAGAGGAGGAAGAAUUGGAGAUGCGUAUGAAUGGGCAGAUACCGUAAGAUGGGCUGAGUGAAGAGGCGGUAGGAAGAUUUCGUAUGCUAUGAGCUAUGAGUGGUACGAUGAUGACGUCGCGUGCAAUAAAAUAGGGGCGGGCGGGAGCCAGCAGUUGAGUUGUGAAGAGGAGCCUGUUAGGAGAGAUGAUAUAAAUAAGCUUAAAGAAGAGUUUGUUAUGUGAUAUAAGUAUGUAAAAGGAAAACAAACGAAAAUUAAA